UUUCAGGUCUGCAGGAAAUUCUGUUUGCAUGUUUGAUCGCCAGAAUCUGACUUCUGAUGGAGCAGGGUUGCCCGUUUAUAAGUUCAAAAGUCAUAAAGCUGCUGUUCUGUGUGUGCAGGUCAUCUGUCUUUGGAAGUUCUGUGGAGGAUGGUUUCUUGAAUAUUUGGGAUUACGAAAAGGUCGGUAAAAAGAAUGAAAAUGGAGCGAGAACACCAAAUUCUUGUUCAGGAUUGUUUUUCCAGCAUGCUGGGCACAGGGAUAAAGUUGUUGACUUCCACUGGAAUGCAGCUGAUCCAUGGACAGUUAGUGUAUCUGAUGACUGUGAUACCUCAGGCGGAGGUGGAACGCUACAGAUAUGGCACAUGAACGAUUUGAUUUACAGUCCUGAAGAGGACGCUUUGGCUGAGCUCGAGAAGUUUAAAUCACAUGUGGUUGAUUGUGCUUCCAAGUCUGGGCUUUUCCCAAAUUAAGGCAAAAUAGCAACUUAUUCCUCAAAUUAGGCCUGGUUUGGACGAAAUUUCCAAACUAAGCCAAAACGCGGAUACAAACCACGUUUUCACCGUUUUUGUGCCCCUGCCGCGGAAAAUUUGUAAAAUCUUAUAAGCGUGAUUAUAAUUCACGCUUUUAAUUAAGAAAAUAUAGUUACAAACUAUAUUUUAAGUAAAUUUUUUUAAAAAAAAAAACGUGGUUGCAAACCACGCUUUUAUUGUUGACCAAAGAAAUCGUGGAUGAUAACCACGCUUGUAACCAAAAUGUAAAAACCUGUUUUCAAAAUACGUUUGCAAUAAUACAUCAAAACCAACACUCACUCUUCUUUCUCACUCUCUCUCUCUCUCUGACACACACACUCACAUAUAUAAUUUUUAAUAUAUGUAAAUUUUAUUU